GGAUAACACGCAUGGGAACGUGGGGUCUUGAGGUAAGGGUUAUAAUUACUUUUCUCUUUGUCGUGACAUUGUCACUGACGAACACUGAUACCUAGAGGAACAUCGCAGGUGACAGCUAUAGUUCGUAGUGUACACAGUUUGGGCUAUAGACAUGUUUGGCUACAUGACAUUGAUGAUUCUAUACAUGGUAGGGCAUGUGAAUGGAAAUGUCAUCUCUGGACAACUCGUAUCUGGUGUGUUCAAAGAGAUUCAUGUCCCGAGCUUCACCUUGUGUCAGUCUCUGUGUUGGUACAUCACUCGUUGUAGGGCUUACACCUGGGUUACAGAGACAGGCUUGUGUCAUCUCAGCAGUGUCACCAGGAGCUCUUCACCUGCCGCCUUCUCUCCCAGAAACCACCAUGUAUACUCGGACGUCAUGGCUUCUCUUGGACUGAAGCAAUCCCAUCCUUGUGCACGACGACCGUGUUAUGUAGGUGAGGUGUGUGUGCCCGUAGCUGCAGCCAGUGGGCACCUAUGUCUGGAAGGAGGUACGGUACGUGAGCUGAGUUUAACAUCCUCGGCCGCAUCACAUGCCACAUCUGAGCAACAGACCAUCACGUCAACUACUGCGCAAGAAACGUUGCCUACAACUAACGGAUUCGUCCUCCCUUCUUCUGUGACAACGUCAUCUAAAGAGACUACAGCUUCCACAACCUCAUCUCAGUCAACAACUACAGCCACUUCGUUGCAACCUGAAAAUCCUCUAACUACAGUUGCUACAACUACAACAGCAACCACAACUGCGACGUCUUUAACAACUCCGACUGAAUCUCCAACUACAAGGGCAACAUCUACAGCUAUCUCAACUUCAACACCCCCGAUAACGACAUCGACAAUAGAUGUGCCUUCAUCAACGACAACACCUGCAGAAACUACUACAACUACAGUCCUUGCAACAACUACAACUGCAACUACUACUAUUACUACUACUACUACACCUACUACUACUCCUUCUAGUACUACUAUUACUACUACUACUACGUCUACUACACCUACUACUACGUCAACUACACCUACUACUACUACUACUACAGCUACUAGUACCAGUACGGCGGCUUCAACCACUUCCGUAACGACUACUGCGACGACUACUUCAACGACCACAACGACACCCACUACUCUCAGUAAAAACUUCGACCCCCUCAGCUUCAAGGCAACCUAUGGAGAUGUUUCGAUUGGCGGCACUCAGUCGUGGCAUGAUGAUGAAUGA